GCUGUAUCUGAUGUUUGUUUUUGUUUUUUGAGUGUCAUCAAGUUAAACACAAUUUUUGAAAAUGAAAAAAAUGAAAAUUACCGAUUAUUUUGAACGAAAACAUAAUAAUGUUGACCAUGACGACAAACAAUAUGAAGAUAAAACAAAUGAACUUACGAAUAAUAUCGAUAAUUCGUCCAUUAUCAAUAACCUCAAAAACGAUAAUCGAAUGUAUCGAUUAUCUGAAGUUCUUAUCGAUGAAAAUCUUUGUGAUCUAAGAAAUAUUGAUAGAACAUAUGUUUAUUAUAAUUAUCCAUUUGAACCCGAUACAAUACCAGUUCCAUUGACCGAUAUUGAUGAUGAUUUUAUUAUUCCUUUGAAUCAUAUAUCGUUACCAUUUCAAGAAUCAAAGGAAAUCACCUAUCAAAAUAGUAAACAUACUAAAUGGUCAUUAAUACAGAAAAUUUUUUCUGACAAAAUUACUAAUAUUUUUCAACUUGAUAAAGCAAUCAAAACAUAUAAUCCAUCAUUACAAAAAAUACAUUUUGAUAUAUUAACCAAUUAUGUUCAUUAUCAGAUAGAUGAUGAUGAUCGUCGAUUGUUUUUUGAUCAUUUAUUACCUGGUAUCAUACGUUUAGCCCUUGAUUUACCCCAAUUAAUUGGUUUUAAUCUUGCCAAUCUUGAACAAAAUACACCGACAUCAAUAUUUUUAUCACAACAACAAAUUAGUUCAUUAUUGGCUAAUGGAUUUCUUUGUACAUAUUCACCAGAUUCUUCUCGUCAAGAACGGAGAUGUAUUAAUUUUUCCAGCCUUUUUGCAAGCGAUGGUUGUAAACCGAAUAAGAAAUUCUGUAAACUCGAAAAACUUAAAUGUCUGCUUAAUUAUCUAAGACGUGUAGUGGAUAAAACACCUGUUGGUGUUGUUAGUUUUGAACGUAAAGUUCUACAACAUCAAACAAAUCUGGAACAAUCAAUAAAACCUAUAACGACAUUUGAAUUUAAUCAUGAUCUUUGUCUAUUAAAAGAUGGCUGUGAUUAUUCACAAGUUGAUUUUGCACAUAAAUAUAUUGGCGGUGGUGUUCUUGAUCAAGGAUGUGUUCAAGAAGAGAUUUUAUUUGUUUGUUGUCCCGAAUUGAUUGUUAGCAAAUUGAUUUGUGCUAAAUUAUCCGAUAAUGAAUCUAUUGUUAUAACUGGUAUUGAACAAUACAAUGAAUAUAACGGUUAUGCAGAAAAAUUCAAAUGGAAAUGUUCAUAUGAAGAUCAACAAAACCGAGAUAAAUAUGGUCGUCGUUUUCGACAGAUAUUAGCAAUGGAUGCUCUUUAUUUUCAUUGGAGUACGAAAAAAAGUCAAUAUGAAAAGAAAAAAAUUGAUCGUGAAAUUGUCAAAGCAAUGGCUGCUUUUCAAUCUGAACGUUUUCUAUGUACAAAAACAAAGUCGGUAGCUAUUGCUACUGGAAAUUGGGGAUGUGGUGUUUAUAAUGGUGAUGUUAAAUUAAAAACACUCAUACAGAUUAUUGCUGCAUCUGAAUCCGAACGAAAUUUACGAUAUUUUACAUAUGAAGAUCGACGAUUAAAAAAUGAAUUUGAUUUAAUAAAAACUUUAUUUGAAACAUCUCUACAAUCAUUCACUGUUGGACAAUUAUAUCAAUUAGCAUUAGAAUAUGCUAAUAAAAAACAAAAUGAAAAUAAAUCUAUUGAUUUAGUUGUUAUGAUAAAUGAUUAUAUUCUUAACAUCGAUUGA